AGUCGUCCAGUUCAAUCUGAUCAGUUACUUAUCAGUUUUCGGUAUGCUUCUUCGUUUUAUCAUAUUAUCAGUUGUGUGCUCUAAUGGUUUUGUUCGAGCAACUGCAACUGAAACACCAUGGUACUAUCCAAUUAUUGAAAUUCUACAGGCAAAACUCGUUGACUUCACAUGCUCUCAAGAAUGUACCACAACGAUGGACUGCGAUACUGGACUGAGCUGCUUCCACGCGACAACGUAUUCUAAAGGAUGUUGCUUAAUGGCUCUUAAACCAAACGAAACUGGAUGUAUGAUUGAAGAUCAAUGUAAACAAGCAUGUGAGAGCACCAUCUGUGACAGAUCUCAAUUUCCAUCCCGAUGUCUUUGUGAGAAAGGACGACAUUUUUUAUUCAACAAGUGUUGGAAGAAGUGCCCAGACUUUGCUCAUCCGGAGCCCAUCAUUGACGACCGUGGAUUCAGCCGCUGCGAGCUGAAAACCGAUCUGAAAACCGCGUUCCAGUACAUGAGACGUAACAAACGACAAAUGCGAAAUAAUUUUUGUUAAGCUUCAGACCUUUUUCUCCAGGAAUUGCUCUCUAAACUUCAGUAUACCCCUUCCCCACAGUAUUCUUGUCCCUCUCUCUCCGGUGCUUUGUAAUAAAAUGAAACAAUGUAAAAAUAUAUAAUUUAUGGUUUUCUUUUUCUAUACAAUAAUUUCAAGAAAUAUCAGUUAAAAUAAAUAAACUCUGAAA